AUGCGUGCAACGCAUGGUGAAUGUGACGCGCUCUUUGUCGCUGUGGAGGGAGGUCUCAGCUAUGAGGUUUUUCUGCUAGGCCUAGCAGAUGGUCUGACGGGGCUGGAGCCGGACGUCCUUGGCCGGCACGUCGUUCCAGCAGAGGCACUGCUGCGAGCCCUGCCGAGACUGUGCGACUUCUUGGCACCCCGGUUUCUUAUCCGUGCCACGAGUGUCCAACAGCGGUUGCGAAGUCAAGGGCUCCCCGCUUGCCAGUGCUCAGCUCAUGUCUGGUCCGGCUUGCUGGAUCGCCUGAAGCUUGCCAAGCUUGCACCCCGAGAAGAGCUACAGGGCAAAGUCCGAGACUUGCAGAGGCGCUUCCUUCAACUGGCGAAGGCCCGAGAAGCGAUGCCCCAUCCCUCAGCGGAUGCAUCACUUAUAGCCGCAGAGAUUGGGAGUCUGCUUGAUGCGCUUGCUCUUCGAGCUCCAGCAAAGUCGAGGGGCCCCAAAGCUCCAUCAUCUCUGGCGAAGAGUGAUUGGGAAGUGGAGGAUUUGAGACGCAUUGCUGCGAACCCCGGCUUGGGACUCCAGGCCUUGUCUAAUGGGAUCAAGGUCAUUGCGGGUCUGCAGCAACUGCUCAGGGCUCGCUACCCUGGCCCCGGCUCGGACCUGUCAGGGCAAGCAGAGGAGGAGCUGCUGCUGUGCGCCUUUCGAAGCGAUGCGCCCGGCUGUGGCGCCGUGGAUUCGCCGAACGCGUUUCACACCCCAUCCAUGCCAUCCACUCCGACGGGUGCAGCGUCAACCGGGUCUUGUGUGCCCUGCUCGGCAAUUCAUCUGCAGGGGGCUCUGGCAAGCAGUCGUUUCCAAGAAUUGGGGGUGAACCAAGCUGCUUCCAGUGCGCAGAGCGGCUUGCUCCGGACAUCCGCAUCGCAUGGAAGACUUCCCACGCCGGUUCGAUCAGAGAGUGUGCCUGCAGAUGAGCUGGAGAUUACAGAGAGCGCAAGCUCGCGAAAGCCAGUCCCAGAGCUUCCGCAGAGCAAGCUGCAGCCGCCAAGCUCCUGGCAAAGCAUCUUAUGCGGAAGGGCAUCGAGGUGGUCAAACGGAGCAAGCAGCUGCAGCACAAGUCCAGGCAGCCUUGCAAGCUUGAGACGUCGAGGCAGUGAGCCGCCGGGGCGGAAGUCGGAGGGUUUCCUGGCAACCCCAAGAAACUCGACGGGUGCUGGUGCUGCGCAGGCUGUGCAGGCUGUGCGCAGAGGCUCGGGCCCGGGCUCCUACUUUGACCGGAUGCGGGCACGGGCCUUGGCUCGCGUGGCCUCGAAAUCGCCCGGGCGUGAUCCCAGCAUCGCGGAGGCGGUCAGACGAGCCCAGAGCCGAGCCAAGAGGGCCCAGCAGCAGCAGGCACAAAAAGAUGCCGCGGAUGCCAAGGCCCGCACAGGUCCGACGGGCGAGCUGCUUGCGCCUGCCACGGCCAGCUUGUUCAAGCGCAGAGAUGAGCGACUUCAGCGCUUCGCUCAGAGACAGGAGAAUGUGACUGCAAGCGAGAUGAGCGAGCUUGCGACAAUCGAGUCUCCUCAGCCACUGCCGUCUCCUGAACCGUGUCCUUAA